UCAGCUAUUUUGGCUGCUACACAGUGCUACACGCAACUAGUUCAGUGUUGUCAGCUGCAAAAAGGAAAUACCACAGAUUUAUUUUUUGUUUUACAUUUCUGAGGAAUUGUAGAAGCAUUAAGAUGCCUUCCAAUACAACAGACUACUAUGACUAUGACUCCCAAGAUGAGGUUACAUACCUUAACAACCUCAGGAUGCUGUACAUGGUUGGAUAUCUCAUCAUCUGCAUCCUUGGCUUGCCGCUCAACUUCUUGGUCAUUGUCACAGCCUGUUACUCGUACCAUAAUUUGAAAAAAACCAUCAACAGCAUGUGGGUACUGGCCCUGGCCGUGACUCACCUGUUGUGCUCCGCAUUCCUCCCACUGCAGUUAGUCUAUGCCUGGCACCAAUUCAACUGGCACUAUGGACCGGCUCUGUGCAAGGUCUCAUCCUAUGUGAUCUACGUCAGCAUGUAUACCACGGCAGCAGCUCUGAGCCUGUGGAGUGUCAACUGCAGUGUGACCAGCAGCAAGUGCUGUGAGGGUCUCCGCACCAGAUGCGUUAGCCACAGGAUGUCCAUAAACAAGCUCGUAAUCUUGAGCACAUGGACACUUGGGGUGGUCCUAAGUAGCCCAUCGUUACUCUCCCGGGAACUUCGGUACACCACGCUGGGGCUGCAGUGCAUCGAUGACUAUGAUACGGAGAAAGAGAAAACGACGGAUGAAGGCCUGAGAUGGCUAAUAGUGGUUGUUCUGUUUAGGUUUAUGCUGGGAAUUUUGUUUCCGGCAUUUGUCAUGUUCAUAAACUGCUGUCUGGCACGGCGACAGCAUCGUGAUCUGGAUGGGACUUCUAAGCGUGUUAUCUGUUUAAUAAAAGUGGCUUAUUUUGUUUGCUGGACGCCACUGCUUUUCCUGGGGCUGCUUCAGAUCACCAUGACAACACCCAACCUGUUCAAAUACAUGUUACCAGCAGCCACUGUUCUGGCUUUAGCUCAUUGUUGUGUUAAUCCAGUGAUCUAUCUGCUGGUGGGGCAUAGCAUUAAAUUGCAGUGGCUGUCAGAAGUCUAAGGUGACACUGCUGAGGAAAAAUGCCAUGGUGAUUUUAUAGCACUAGAACAGCAAAAGUCAGAGGAGUAUUAAAGUAAAAGUAUCGUUACUUCAACUAAAUAACUUGAGCAGAGGUAAAAGUAGCCUAUCAACACCAAUUUAGAAUCAAGAGUAAAAAUAUGUUAAGCUAAACAUAUUUAGAGAAAUGAAAUAUAACACUUAGUGUAUCAGAACAGGAGCUAAAUUUAUUGAGCAAUGUUCUUCUCACUUGAAAGUUUUGCUACAAACUAAAAACAUAAAGCUUGAAAGCAGGAGGUAUGGCUAACAGCAAACCAGAUCAAGUGUUGAAAAAAACAGAAUAUAGUGAAAUUCAGCACAAAGAAAUCAUGGCAACUAAUUUAGUGACUAAAUGUGAAUGAUUAAAAUGUAAGUAACAUUAGUGAAUAAUUGUAUAAAUAUUAAGUCUUUUUGGGGUUUAUACAAAGAACCAUUACCAGAGUAUUCAUGUCAGAAAAAUAUGGUGGGGAGAAAACAUUUGGAAAAUGCUUUUAUCCAAAGUAACUUAAAAUUAUGACUGAGUACAACUUGAGCAAUUGAGGGUUAAGAGCCUUACUCAGGGACCCAACAAUGGCAGCAGGGGGCCUUGAGCUAGCAACCUUUUGUUUACUAAUCAAGUUCCUUAACCACUGAGAUACCACUGCCACAAUGCAACCACAAAGACUAAAUCAGCACAGGACACUGGAAUUCCCAACCUGAGUACAGCCUCACAUAGGAUUUGAUACAAAGACUUUCAUUGAUGUAUAAAGAUCUAAGAAGCAGCACACAUUUAUCAUUUUAAAAAUUAGUUGCAUGAAGAAUAUGUAAUUGUCCUCUUCCUUAAAUCCAAAUAUUUUAUUGUUUUGCAAUGUUUUGUAAUGACAUUGCUUUGAGGUGUCUAUGAGAAUUUCUUGGCUAGUAUAAUCCUAUACAGAUCAGUGAGCAUUGCUUCAAGAACAGCUAGAUAUUAUUUUACAUUUAACCUCUUAAACUCAAGUUUUUCAGUUAUUGUUCUUAUACCAUAUUACGCUAUAAUUUUAUGUAAGAUAGGAUUAGAGGUAUGUAGCUACAAGUGUAAGGACAGAGACUCAGGACCCACCACUGCAGGUCCUUGAAACGUAAGGGGUGCGUGCUGGAAAAAGAACUGUUUAAUCUGCUGUCUAUUAUUGACUGUAUUCAUGUUUCUGUAAACACAGUGUGAAACCUAUUCCUAUCCAGAGCGUUUUCUCUUCAUGUCAUUAUAGUGUGAAAUAUAUAUUUAGCUCUAGUCAGCUGUUUUUAAAAUGUAUUAGCAUACUGACACCUGGCCUUGUUGUUCUUGAGUUUUGUAUCUUAACUCUCUGAGAUCCAUUAGGGUCAUUAGUAGUGACUGACACAUCUUUGCCCAAAUCUUGGAUAACCGAGGAAAUGAGGGUUUUCUUUAUAUCCUACAGUAUAUACCCUACAGCCUAUUAGUUCUGUGUGACUGUUUUGUAUGUAUAUAUACAUAUAUUAAAAUUACAGCAGCAGUAUAAUUGUAUUAUCAUGUUAAUAUGUUAAAAUGCAGAGUUAAUAAAGGCUCCUAGAAGUAUAUCCAA